UAUAUAUAUCAUCACUGCUGACAAAAAUAUUGUGUACACGUGUCUCAAUUUUUUUUUGGUAUCAAGAAUUCCAGAAUUUUAUUUUUUUAAACGAAAUUAUGUAAAGUUUGACUAUUGUUUUAAUAAUCUCAUUAAAUCAAUAACAGGAAAGAUAUGUCGUGCAUUUUUCAUCAAAUUUUUACGUUCAAUAAUCUGAUAGCUUUGUUUGUGAUUAUAAUUCUUUCUGUUUUAUUCAUUUCGAUAUUGAUUCGUUUGACAACAAGCCCAUAUCCACGAAUUAUAAUUCAUAAAGAUGAACGAUAUUAUCUGGAUCCGAUUUCUGGUGAACGUCAUCCGUUGCCACAAUUGGGAACAAUAUUUUUGAGCAAAAAACAUUCAGUCACUUAUCAGGAUAUUCAACCAUCAACCCUUUACCUAUCGGUGAUUGUACCAGCAUAUAAUGAACAGAAUCGCCUGCCAACAAUGUUGGAUGAAGCGAUCGAUUAUCUGGAACAACAAUCAUAUAAAUAUGAGAUAAUCAUUGUUGAUGAUGGAAGUCGUGAUAAAACCACACAAAUAGCAUUGGGUUAUGUACAAAAAUAUGGUACGGAAAAAAUUCGUGUCAUAACAUUGGUGAAAAAUCGUGGCAAAGGUGGUGCAAUUCGAAUCGGUAUUCUAGCUGCACGUGGAGAAUAUUGUCUUUUUGCUGAUGCCGAUGGAGCGACGAAAUUUUCCGAAUUGGGAAAAUUAAAUCAAUUCAUUCAGGAAAGACGAAAAUCAUACAGUAAAACUGAACUUAUUUGUAUAGAGAAAAAUUUUGGCAAUGGAUUUGAUGCUCAAAUGUUUCCAAUUGCAAUCGGAUCUCGUGCUCAUCUGGAACAGGAAUCAAUAGCACAACGAUCAUUAUUUCGAACGAUUCUAAUGUGGGGUUUUCAUUUUAUCGUAUGGUUAUUGACAGUGAAAUCUGCACAUGAUACUCAAUGUGGAUUUAAAAUGUUUCCACGUACAAUAGCACAAAUUCUAUUCACACAUACACAUAUUGAACGAUGGGCUUUUGAUGUUGAAUUACUUUUAUUGGCCGAACGAUUACGUUUACCAAUCGGUGAAAUACCAGUCGAAUGGACCGAAAUUGAAGGAUCGAAAAUUGUACCGGUAUUUUCUUGGUUACAAAUGGGUAUCGAUGUUUCAUUGAUUUUUUGGAAUUAUACAAUCGGUGCAUAUCGUUAUCCCAAAGCACCAUUUGAAAAAAUCUAUGGUAUCAUGAUACAACAGCAAUUAUUAUGAUCGAAGAAAAGAAAAAUAUUCGAAUGUCAUUUUGUAUAGAUAAAAAUUCUAUCUUUAAUCAAUGGAAAAAAAUGAGAAAAACAAAUAAACUUUUAUUUAUAUAAAUAA